GUCUGUGUGUCUGUGUGUCAGUCUGUAAUGAGCCUUAACAUCAGCUCUACAUGGUUCGAGCGAGUCAGCAUGUUGGUGAUUUUGCUCAACUGCGUCACACUCGGCAUGUUCCAGCCGUGCCAGGACCUGGAGUGUAACUCGGAGCGCUGCACCAUCCUGCAGGCCUUUGAUGACUUCAUCUUUGCCUUCUUUGCGGUGGAGAUGGUGCUGAAGAUGGUGGCGCUGGGCAUCUUCGGCCCCAAGUGUUACCUUGGAGACACGUGGAACCGCCUAGAUCUCUUUAUCGUCAUGGCAGGAAUGUUGGAGUACUCUCUAGAUGGACACAACGUUAGUUUCUCUGCAAUCAGGACAGUUCGAGUUCUCAGACCUCUCCGAGCCAUCAACAGAGUUCCCAGUAUGCGUAUCUUGGUGACUUUGCUGUUGGACACAUUACCGAUGCUGGGAAACGUUUUGCUGCUAUGCUUCUUUGUGUUUUUUAUCUUCGGCAUUGUCGGAGUGCAGUUGUGGGCGGGAUUACUGCGAAACCGCUGCUUCCUGGAUGACGACGCAAAGACGAUGUAUAAUUUCUCUCCAUCUUUGAGCGCUUACUACAGGCCCGAAGACUCGGACGACAUCGCCUUCAUCUGUUCAACCAAUCGUGAGAACGGGAUGCUACGCUGCUCGGACGUCCCGCAGCGAAAAGUGGGCGGGGCUUACUGCGAGCUGAACGCCCGCAACAUCACGGACACCUCUCCUCUAGACCCCACCCUUAAUGGGUGUGUCAACUGGAACGCCUACUACGGCACCUGCAGAGCGAGCGAUCACAAUCCACACAACGGAGCCAUCAGCUUCGACAACAUCGGAUACGCCUGGAUCGCCAUCUUCCAGGUGAUCACACUAGAAGGCUGGGUGGACAUCAUGUACUACGUCAUGGACGCUCACUCCUUUUACAACUUCAUCUACUUCAUCUUCCUCAUCAUCGUGGGCUCCUUCUUCAUGAUCAAUCUGUGCCUGGUGGUCAUCGCCACACAGUUUUCAGAAACCAAGCAGCGUGAGAACCAGCUGAUGCGAGAGCAGCGAGCUCGCUUCCUGAGCAACGAGUCCACGCUGACCAGCAUGGCCGAGCCCGGCUCCUGCUACGAAGAAAUUCUGAACUACAUUUGUCAUCUUUUACGCAAGUUUUAUCGCCACAUUUUUCAUCUUUAUAACGACGUGUGUAACAAGAACAAGAGCUCUAACCUCGGGGAGUCUGCCACUGUGGGCGGAGCCAACGGACACUGGAGCAAUAAGGAGAAGAUUGAGCUGACACGACACCUCUUUCAUCAUCAGCAUCAUCGUCAUCAUCAUCAUCAUCAUCACCAUCAUCAUCAUCUGGGAAAUGGCACAGACAUCCCUGAUAUAAAGGCAGUGCUUCUGAGAGGAGAUAAAUGCCUUCCCACAUACGCAUCCUCCUUUCCUCUGACCCUUCACAGCCUCAAGGGCAUCAGAGUGAACUACCCCACCAUCCUGCCCCUGGCCUUCUUCACACAUUCACGUGUUCACCCCGGCGGCACUACUGCCCACAAGACCAAGAACUCUAGCAACAAUAGACAGCAGGGUGUGUACGCAGGUGUGUGUUCGAGUGUGUGUGCAGAAGCGGGCAGCGAACCGACACCGUGUGAGUUACCCACGUGCCCGGGUUCUGCUCGCGACGCCGACACACUCAGCUCCAACUCGGCCUGUGAUUCAGACUCUGAGAAAGAGAGCAAUACGGAGGGGAAAAAAACCAGCUGGGAAACCGAGAGGAAUUUCAGCCAGAAGCCGAAGAGGGGGAACGUGUUGGGGGGGGGUGUGAGGUGUGUGAGAGGCGUGCUGAGGAGGAUCGUCGACAGCAAGUACUUCAACAGGGGCAUCAUGAUCGCCAUCCUCAUCAAUACCCUCAGCAUGGGGGUGGAGUACCAUGAACAGCCUGCUGAGCUGACAGAUGUGCUGGAGAUCAGUAAUAUCGUCUUCACCAGCCUCUUUGCCCUGGAGAUGGUGCUGAAGCUGCUGGCCUGCGGUCUGCUCGGCUACAUCAGUAACCCCUACAACAUCUUCGACCUGAUCAUCGUCAUCAUCAGUGUGUGGGAACUCAUCGGACAGGCGGAUGGAGGUUUAUCCGUCCUGCGCACGUUUCGUCUCCUCAGGGUCCUAAAGCUGGUUCGCUUCCUGCCAGCACUGCGUAGGCAGCUUGUGGUCCUGAUGAAGACCAUGGACAACGUGGCCACCUUCUGCAUGCUGCUCAUGCUCUUCAUCUUCAUCUUCAGUAUCCUGGGCAUGCAUCUGUUUGGGUGUAAGUUCACGCUGCGUCUGGAGAACGGGGACACCAUCUCGGACAGGAAGAACUUCGACUCUCUGCUUUGGGCCAUCGUCACCGUGUUCCAGAUAUUAACUCAGGAGGACUGGAACGUGGUGCUGUAUAACGGCAUGGCCUCCACCUCUCCAUGGGCGGCGCUUUACUUCGUUGCUCUCAUGACCUUCGGCAAUUACGUCCUCUUCAACCUGCUGGUGGCCAUUUUGGUGGAAGGCUUCCAGGCUGAGGGUGAUGCCAGCAGGUCAGAAAGUGAUGAUGAUGGGUUCUCAUCAGACUUUGAUGAUGAAGACCGGUUAAGAGAGCUGUUAAGCUCAGGUUCAGAGGUGAAAGUGCAGACGCUUCUGCCUAUCUCUAACGGCCACUUGGAGCCCAGAGCCACCAUGCCGCCGUAUCAAGCCUACGCUAUGGCCACGCCCAGAACCGAAGUGUCUCACGUGGACAACCAAUCGCUGCGCAGCUCCAACGCCUCCUACGAGCACCAUGACCAGAGGUCGAUGUCCAGUCUAUGGGGGAGUCGCCGCUCCAGCUGGAACAGCCUCGGCCACGCCCCUAGCUUGAAGAGGCGUGGACAAUCAGGAGAGCACGAGUCGCUACUAUCGGGCGAAGACCGGGACAGUUUUGAAGACUACCAAUCAGAGGAGGAAAGGUCCAGCAGGACGGGCAGCUUGAGUAGAGUUUCACAUCUCGAGUCGUUCGAUUUGCCAGAACUCCUACAAGUCCCGCCCAUGCCACACCCCUACGGAGAAUGCAACGGUAGAUUGGACGGAUCCUUUCCUUCCUCUCCGUACGCCACGCAACGAGAAACGUCACACGGACCUACGGAGCAGGAUGAGGACUCUGAAGAGAGCUGGUGUGUGAUGGUGAAAAGGAUGCUGGAGCCGUACAAGCCUCAGUGGUGCAGAGAUCACGAGGACUGGGCACUGUACAUCUUCUCCCCUCAGAAUAAGUUCCGUGUGCGCUGUCAGAAGUUCAUCACUCACAGGAUGUUCGAUCACAUCGUGCUGGUCUUCAUCUUCCUCAACUGCAUCACCAUCGCGCUGGAGAGACCCGACAUCCACCCACACAGCAUGGAACGCAUCUUUCUUAGUGUUUCUAACUACAUCUUUACUGUGAUCUUUGUCACCGAGAUGACCGUCAAGGUGGUGGCCAUGGGGAUGUACGUGGGUCCAGGCUCGUAUCUGCAAAGCAGCUGGAAUGUUCUAGAUGGGCUGCUGGUGUUUGUGUCUAUUGUGGAUAUCCUGGUGUCUCUGGCGUCAUCGGGAGGUAACCGCAUUUUGGGAAUAUUGCGAGUCCUGCGUCUUCUCCGUACGCUCAGACCGCUCAGGGUGAUAAGUCGGGCUCCUGGGUUAAAGCUGGUGGUUGAAACACUAAUAACUUCACUGAGGCCGAUUGGGAAUAUUGUGCUGAUCUGCUGUGCUUUUUUCAUCGUGUUUGGAAUACUGGGAGUCCAGCUCUUUAAGGGAAAGUUUCAUCACUGCGAAGGUUUCGACACCAGAAACAUCACCAACAGGUCCGAGUGUGUGCAGGCUAAUUACCGCUGGGUUCGCAGGAAAUACAACUUUGACAACUUGGGCCAGGCCUUGAUGUCAUUGUUUGUCCUGUCAUCUAAAGACGGCUGGGUCAACAUCAUGUAUGAUGGAUUAGACGCCGUGGCUGUGGACCAACAGCCCAUAAGGAACCAUAACCCCUGGAUGUUGCUUUACUUCAUCUCCUUCCUGCUGAUCGUCAGCUUCUUCGUGCUGAACAUGUUUGUGGGCGUCGUGGUGGAAAACUUCCACAAAUGCCGUCAGGACCAGGAGGAGGAGGAGGCACGCCUCAGGGAGGAGAAGAGGCACAGACGGCUGGAGAAAAGGCGCAGAAAGGCCCUCCAGAGACCGUAUUACGCAGACUACUCUCCCGCCCGUCGCUGCAUCCACACCUUCUGCACCAACCACUAUCUAGACCUCUUCAUCACCAUCAUCAUCGGCAUCAACGUCCUCACCAUGUCCAUGGAGCACUACAAUCAGCCCAAGUAUCUGGAGGAAUCCCUGAAAUACUGCAACUACGUCUUCACGCUGGUGUUUGUGAUCGAGGCCCUGCUCAAGCUGGUCGCCUUCGGAUUCAGAAGAUUCUUCAAAGACAGGUGGAAUCAGCUGGACUUGGCCAUUGUUCUGUUGUCUGUAAUGGGGAUUACGCUGGAGGAGAUCGACCUGAAUGCCUCGUUACCCAUUAACCCAACUAUCAUUCGCAUUAUGAGAGUGUUGCGCAUUGCCAGAGUGUUGAAGCUGCUGAAGAUGGCCACAGGAAUGCGAGCGCUGCUGGACACGGUGGUCCAGGCUUUACCACAGGUUGGAAAUCUGGGGCUUCUUUUCAUGCUGCUGUUCUUCAUCUACGCUGCUCUGGGAGUCGAGCUGUUUGGAAAACUCGAAUGUUCUGAUGAGAACCCAUGUGAAGGUCUGAGCAGACACGCUACCUUCGAGAACUUCGGCAUGGCGUUCCUCACACUCUUCAGAGUCUCAACUGGAGACAACUGGAAUGGAAUUAUGAAGGACACACUGAGGGAGUGUAAGGGAGAUCGCUGCUUGAGUUACCUGCCACUGGUUUCCCCGCUGUAUUUCGUGACAUUCGUGCUGGUGGCGCAGUUCGUCCUGGUGAACGUGGUGGUCGCUGUGCUGAUGAAGCACUUAGAGGACAGUAACAAGGACGCCUGUGAGGAGGCGGAGAUGGAGGCGGAGCUGGAGGCGGAGCUACAGGCAAAUCUAAGGCAAAAGGCCGCCGCCUCUGCUGGUGAGGUUACAGGAUCUCCUGCACUUAAACAGGGCGAUGACCUUCAGGACAGAAACUUGCUCACAGUCGGGAAGCCGAGUAUUUCGAGAAUGAUGUCUUUACCCAACGACAGCUACAUGUUUUACCCCAAAGCUGGACACAAACCUAGAGAUCAGAUCGUCUCCAAACAGCAGACCGUCGAUCACACCACAAUUACAGGCUCAUUUCUGUCAGUGAAGUCGGACUUGUGUGAAUGGGAAUCUCUGCUGCAGGUUCCAGAACCUCCGUCUGGCCCCGCCUCUCAUUUGGAGCCCCUCCCACCGCAUCGUAUAACUAGACAAAAGUCUAGUUUCAGGACGCUCCAAAGACAGGAGGCGAUAAAGAGCGACUCUGUGGAUUCAGCCAACACUGGAUCGAAGGACAACUUAUUUCUGCACCACUCCGAUUCGCUCAAAGUUCCGAGCAUUCCUCUGACUGGGGGCUCCGCCCCUUGUUCUCCUCUAGCCACACCCCCUACAUGUCGCAGUCGGACAGCCAGCGUCCAAACAAGCCGACGUGUGUACAGCCAGCGCAGCAUCCCGUCACGCAGAUCCACACACACACAACCGGACAAGUACACACACACACACACCUCAGACGAAGAAGUCAGACAGAUCCUCUCGUCCGUCGAGGGAAAAGACUCCGCUGUCCGGCUCAUCAGACGCAGCCACACCUUAUCUCCACAUGUCGCAGGCACUUUAUGUCUGAAAAGCCAAUCACAGCGAAGUAAUAGUACAGGAAGUGACCUUAGGAAGUACAACAGUAUGGACUCCACCCAUGGGGCGUGGUCAAUCCAGCCAAAACAGAAAAGUGCACCCUUUAAAAUGCAAGAAACAAAAGCGUCUCUGUUGCGCAGGAAGCACAAAAUGAGUCCACCUUGUGUUUCCACUUCCACAGACCUGCCCAUGUCCUCUGAAACUUCCCCCAGUGGCUCGGUUCUGAAAAGGCGAACGCCAUCAUUCGACUCCACGCUGCUCCUGGAGACUUUGGAUCUUCCCGAUUCUCUGCUAGUCACUAAGCCCCUCCCACAACCUCAUUUAUCAAUCCGUCUGUCUGUCCCGUUUGAGCAAUCGAACAAUCGCGGGUCAGACGAGGACCAAUCAUCGAACUGUGUCCUACUCGAUGCAUAAUCCGAGAGUUACGGACCCGUUAUGGGCGUGGCUUAUUGUUAUGGGCUGGUUUGUUCAGCCAAUGAGGAUUCAGACCAAAACUUUUGAUGCUAACAUGCACCUUUAAGAAUUCAGCUAAGGAAAAUGAAGCUAAGUAAAAAGACCACGCUAACGGUCGGUACGGUGGAAACGAGUUAUGCAAUCGUCGUGUUGAUUAGAGAUCUGAGAAUAGAAAUACGUUUAAAUAUCGUAGCUCACGGUAGCUCACGGUACCCUACGUUCACACAAGACGGUGACGAGUGGGCGUGGCCAUCCGUUCUGAUGAGAAGUUGUAGUAGCUAUAAAUAACUUCUAAAGCCUGCUAGUUAACUAAUGCUAAACUCAUUCGUUUGAUUUACGUGUCACAUGCUCGGCUUCGCACUAGCUCAGUCUCUCGGAUUAGAUUAGCGAUGCACGCUAACCUCAGUAGCUCGCUAGAGGCACCGAAGAUCUUCGCUACCUCCUUCCAAGCUUUAUUUUUCUACGUCACGUCUCACAGUUAAUUAGAGGUUCUAUAUGACAGGAUCGUGUGAAACCACGCUUCUACUGUACAAUUUUUUUUUGGUUUGUUUUUUCCAUCGCACAUCGCAGGGAGAACAUUAAGCCGUGAGCGGGAAAGAAUCGGUCCUAGAACUUUCGCAUCUAAUUCGCAUGACGUCAAGAACCUUCAUUGGAGAUGUUGCUUUGUCGCCGAAACGGUAGCUUGGUUCCGUGUAGAAAACAGACGUCGUUCUGUCGCGCACUGUCGUGAACGUAGGGUUCCGAUCACGUCGCGUCAAAUUUCUAAAACAUCACAAUAGUCAUGAGACGGUUCAUGUAGCAGUGGCCUGUGUGUUAGUACGAUGGCGUUAAUGAAACCCGGAGCCAAGACGAACGCAGACGAAGCUUCUAGAUCCUGAACACAUGCAGAUCCUGAUGCAGUAACGUUGACACAUCAGUCUGAAACCCUGCAUGACGGAAUCAUCAGGACUGAACGCAGGAGUCAGCAGUUACUCCAGACUCUACAGAGCUCUUAUAUUUAUUGAAUGCAGCACCUAUGAAAUUUUUUUAUAUAUAUAAAAAAAAAGCCCAAGAGUUUUGCACGCACUCAAAUGUUUUUGACAAGGAAAUGUUUUUUUGUUUUUUAUUUAUUUAUUUCUAUGAAAUACAUUCGACAAAACACUUCUCUAACUUUAUAUUUUCCCCUUCAGUUCAUCCUGAGAUCCCGCAGCAUGCCAUACCGAAUAUUCUUGUUUUAUUAUUAAUAAUAAUCAUUUAUUUGUUUUUAUUGCUUUUCAUAGCUGAGGGCCUUUUUACACCCGGUCACUUCGUGUGUUGUCUCUGAUCCCAUAUCUAUCUGAU